AUGGCCUCGCAAGCCCAGCAUACUUCUAACGUCAACGACGAUAAUCCCAAAGACCCAGCCGAGGUCCCUCUUCGCGCGUACAACUCCCGACCAACCCGUCCCAAUCCGAAUCCGAAUCCGUAUCCAGGCGUGCCAGGGCUGCCGGAGGCACCUCACUCUACGGACGCUCACCGUCGGCGCGACUCGACCAUGACAAGGACCCUGCAGCGGCCCAUUCUCUCGCCGAGAAGAAGAAGACAGUCGGAGAACACGACUACCGGCAUGCUGGCCCCUUUCGCCGGUCGCUUAGGUGGCAAUCAGACAUUCAUCCUCGACCGGUCGAACCCGGCGGAUGCCGAAUUGUUGAGGAAAGUGCCCGACGCGGCGCCGAAUCUGAAUCUCCGGGAGAUGUUCGAUCUCGGCGGGUUCAGGGAGGUGGAUAUGUACAAGGCUGCUGUUGUCGAGUGUUUCGGAACCAUGAUCCUCGUGUUCGGCAGCGCGUACGACUCCCUCUCCCCGGGCACACCACCGCCCCAACCAUCCCCUACAUCGGGCGUCUUCAGCACCACCUCGUUCCUCGGCCCCCUGGUCGCCGCGUGCAUCAACACGAUCCUCAUCACGCUUCUGAUUUACUGCUUCGGCGCGAUUUCCGGCGCACAUCUCAACCCCUUGAUUACGUUCGCUACCUUCUUCGCGCGGUUGGCCACGUUCCCACGUCUCGUACUGUAUGUCGCGGCGCAGACGUUGGGCGGGACACUUGCAGGUCUCUUGCUCCGCGCCGCGGCGGGCACGCGGUUUUUCAAGGUCGGCGGCUGCUUCUUGUUCACGGACGAGGCGAGAAUCUCGUCGCAGUUCGUGAUCGAGUUCAUGGGCAGUCUGCUGUUGCUGGUCAUGGCGUUUGGGGUGGGUUUGGAUCCGCGACAGAAGGAGAUUUUCGGGCCCGCGCUGGCGCCGAUACUGGUCGGGCUCGCGGCGGGUGGGAGUGCGUUGUGUUUUGCGUUCUCGGUCCCGGGGAGCGGUGGUGCGGGAUUGAAUCCUGCGAGAUGUUUUGGUGUGUUUGUGGGAAGUCAUUUUCCCGGGUGGCAUUGGGUUAAUUGGGUGGGACCGCUGGCUGCGAGUAUGCUGCAUGGGAUUGUGUAUUGGAUUGUACCGCCGGGGUCGGCGCAGAAUCACAGGAUGGCAAGCGUUGUUGAUGAGGCGGAUGAGACAGACGAGAAGAGGGUCGAUCGUGAUACUGUUUGAAGGACUGAGAACUGGGAAGGCGUGAGUUCAAGACAAGGAAUGAAUGGAUGGAUGGAUGGAUGGAUGUCAAGAGCCCAUCAUAAC